CCGCGCGCGCCGGCUCUGGGCGGGGCCCUGCAGUGGCAGCCGGCUGCUCCCCCCGCCGCUCCGCCUCCUCCUUCCCGGGUCCUCCCCGAUUUCCCCCUCGGGCGCUCUCGCGCUAACUCUGCUCUCCUGGGCCCCGUCCGCUCGCUCCCAGCCAUGGUGGCCUGGCGCUCAGCGUUCCUCAUCUGCCUCGCUUUCUCCUUGGCCACUCUGGUCCAGAGAGGAUCCGGGGACAAUGAUGAUUUCUAUCCAAGGGGUACAUUGGAAGAAACGUCCUCAGCAAAGCAGAGAUGGGACCGCGUCACCACGACAACCAAGAGACCCGGAGUGACCAGGGCUCCAGCAAAGCCUGCAGGCAGUGAUUUUGACUUGGCGGAUGCCUUGGAUGGAAACGAUCAAGAAGAUGGCCGCAGGAAACCGAGUCCAGGAGGAGGAGGUUUUUCGGACAAGGAUCUUGAAGACAUCUUAGGGGGCGGCGAAUACAGACCUGACAAGGGUAAAGGUGAUGCCCGGUAUGGCAGCAACGGUGACUCGGAAUCCGGAAUGUCGGCGGAGACGGGCACCAUCGCCGGCGUGGCCAGCGCUCUGGCCAUGGCCCUCAUCGGCGCCGUGUCCAGCUACAUCUCCUACCAGCAGAAGAAGUUCUGCUUCAGCAUUCAGCAAGGUCUCAACGCAGACUACGUGAAGGGGGAAAACCUGGAGGCCGUCGUGUGCGAGGAGCCCCAAGUGAAGUACUCGGCGCUGCAGACACAGUCCGCCGAGCCGCCGCCGCCCGAGCCGCCCCGGAUCUGAGCCCCGCUGGGCAGGCAGUGGGUGCGCGUGGGGCCGCCGCUCAUCACCCAGCUCCCGGUUUCAUGCGGCCCCGCAGCUGCCACACUGCUCCUUCAAUGUCAUUGGCUUCUCGUCGUUCCCAGUGUCCCGGAUGAGCUCGGGGUGUUUGUGAGUUUGGUUCGCAUGCCCACCCUGCCUCUGUGGAGCCGGGCCGCGGUAAUCCGAGACCCCGCUCGCCAGAGAGCCGGGACCAGCCCCAGGAGCCGCGCACGGGGUCACGGGUGCCCCAGGCCCCCCUGCCCCCGGCCUGAGCCGCCUGGGAGGGGGAGGCGGGGAGGAGAGUGAACCCAGCCCGUGACCCCUCCACGCUGCGGCGCCCUGGCCUGGAGGGACCUUCAGCAGGGCCCAGCGGCCAGGAGCCAAGCAGCGAGUGGCAGGGCACCCACCCUGCACGCACGCCCUGCCCGCUGAUUUGACUUGCUCCUCCCUUCCGGUCGCAGCCCUUAAGCUGCUGGGCUUCCUGAGCGCUGGUCCCCGUGGUGGCUUUUCACUUAUUUAAGUGCUAACACCCAUGUCACAGUAGGCCGCCCUGAGACUUGAAUCUUCUGGACACGUAGGAAGCUUUGGCUCUCAGGCCUGAUUCCUAUCUGAUUCCAGAGGACUGGGUGUGGUCUCCAAGCUGACACGAUACACUUUUAGGAAUCAUUUAAGCCGUGCUUGCGAGUUUCACACGACAGAAGGGGUGCUCACCCCCCACCCGGGCGUGGGCUCAUUUGGUGGCAGAGCUCCAGCCGUCUAGCACGCACGGAAAAGCCUGAAGCCUGCCCGCGGGUCGCUUGGAGUUUAUGGGGAGGGGGACGUUGGCUUGGUUUGGGAAACAUCCUACCUGGGGGAGGGCUCCUGGGGCCCACGGGCGCUUUCUGUGCUGGGCCGGAGCAGAGCUGCGCUGCUGUCCCAGGCUGAGCUCACGUCUCGAAGCGCAGCUACUGUGAAGGAACCUGCGGGGUCCUGCCCACCUCCACCUGCUGCAGGCCGGUCCCACGUGGUCCCUGGGCGGUGUCGGCUGCGCUGGCUGAGGCCCAGGGAGACUGCAGGCUGCAGAGCGGGGGCGCCCCGCGAGGCCCCUGCCCCCAGGCUCAGGCCGGGUGCCCGGGCCAGGAGGGCAAAGGGCUGCCCGUUCCCCCCCCCCUCGCCCCACCCUCACGGGCUGGAUUGUUGCCAACUUGGCCCCAUGGGCCAGGGCUGUGGAGGACUUGUGCAUUCGAGCCUGCUGUUGCGUGAACAGGGUGGCCUCAGGGCCCAGGGAGGGCCAGUGUCCUGUACCAGGAGCUGGGGAGGGAUCGGGGCGGCAGUUUAGAGGAGUGAGGCAGCGCUUGUUCGUGGUCGGAUGCUUCUCUCCCUGCCACCAGGGAGCUGGGACGUGUACAAAGAAGUCACAGUCAAUGGCAGCGACUAGGAAGAGCGAGGUGGCCGUGUGACCCCGUGGUCACCUUAGCUCUGCGGCCAGGACCCUCCGAGGGGGAAGGCGCUGACAAGCCUGGCUGUGGUGUCGUCGGCGCUCAUUGUGAAGCCGUCUUCUGCCCCGUCUGCCCUUCCGCGUCCAGCUUGGUGCCCGCUGCGACCAGCGCUGGCAGAGCUCUCAGCCCGGGGCCUCUUGGAGCCGUGUCCGCCCGAACGGGGCCUUGGCAGCUCGGGCCCGUCCCGGGCGCCGGCGGAGACAGCGACGAGAAAGGCCAGCUGGCAGCACCCGAGCCCUGUGCGCUUAACUGGGGUGGGGGCUGCGCGGUUCCGGGAACCCGGGGCGCGCGGGGCGAGCCCGGCUCUGAGGAGGGAGGCUGGAGGCUGAGCUCCGCGGCCCCUGUCCGUUUUCUGUGCUUGUGAUUACCUGUGAGUUGUACGCCGUCUCGUGUUUGCAUUAAAUAAAACCGAGCCUAACAA